AGGCUUAGUACAUCUCCCCCCAAAUUUCCUCACAGUGCCAUCAUCUGCGAGAUAGGUAUUAACGGAGAUGAUAACUGCGAUAUCGUCAGUGUUCACCCUUUGCUGAAUAGCGGUUACGUCAAAAAAGACGGAAUCGCUCGUUUCCACACCGUUUAACGUGAAAAUUAACGCGCUGAAUAGAGCCCUGUAUAAUGCAUGGAGAUGAGACGCACUGAAGCAGGGAGUUUAGCAGUGACACGUCCAUGUGUGGAGAAUGAUGAGCAACUCCCUGCUCCGUGCAGCCGCCUGCUGCAGAUGAUGAGCCCACCCCCGUUGCUCCCCCUUCCCGGCUCCUCACAACCCCCCGCUGUGUCCCCCCGCAGUCAGUCUCGCCCUGCUCCUGUGAGUCAGGCUCAGUCUCGCCCCCUCUCUCACACUUCCCGGAGUUUCCGUUUCCUGCUGCCUCCAGCAGCCCCUGAACAAGCCUGGAACUUCCGAUCCCCGCCGCCGCCGCCGCUUUGACCGGAGCCCCGGUGGGUUCCGGGAUCCGGGAGGAGGAGGAUGGGAGCGCCGCUGGUGGGCAAGGUUCAUUGAGUAUGGCAACCGGGAGAGAACAAAUGGCGGCACUGGCAUCAACGACUUCUGUUCAAGAUAACCCUGAGUCCAAAACAAGGUCGUCAGACACCUUACAUAUCCGGCCUUAGACACUGGCAAGAGAGAGGCUCCGGAACAUGGAGCCGUGCAGCUUGCCGUGGCACCUUGUCCUGCUGAACUUCAUGACAUGUGGCCUUGAAAUCUGUGUGGCAGCUGGGAUCACCUAUGUUCCCCCGUUACUUCUGGAAGCUGGAGUGGAAGAGCAGUACAUGACCAUGGUUUUAGGUAUCGGGCCAGUUCUGGGGCUUAUCCUUGUACCACUAAUUGGAUCAGCAAGCGACAAUUGCCAAAGCAACUAUGGUCGGAGACGCCCAUUUAUCUGGCUGCUAUCUCUUGGUGUCCUUGUUUCACUCUUCAUCAUUCCACAUGCGGACUCCUUGGCUUCCUACUUCUCAUAUGGCGGGAACCGUGUUCAUAUUUUUUUCCUCAUUUUUGGGGUGGGACUGUUAGACUGUUGCGUACAGGUCUGUUUUACCCCACUGGAGGCCCUGUUGUCUGACCUUUACCAUGAUGACGAAGGCUGUAGUCAAGCCUUCGCCGUGUUCUCAUUCAUGAUCAGCGUUGGGGGUUGUAUCGGAUAUCUACUGACCUCCGUCAACUGGAAUUACACUUUUGUGUCCUUUUACCUCGGUGGUCAAGACGACUGCCUAUUUAUAAUGCUAACGCUAAUAUUUAUAAUAAGUGUCCUUGUUACUAUGAAGACUGUGGAAGAACAUAAAAACUAUGGAGAACAGCAGGUCAUGGACCUCAAACCUUCCAUGACCUCCAAGUCCUUCACCAGAGGAUGUUGUAUACCAAAAUUAAAACUCCGCUCUUGGAAAUGCAACCCAGUUUUCUGCCUACUGAGCCUCUGCUGGUCCAUCACGCCCAGAAUAUAUCACAGUUACUGUCGCAUCCCGGCUGUCAUGAGACAGCUGUGUGCCGCCCAGUUGUGUAGCUGGAUGGCCGUUAUGUCUUUCAUGCUGUUCUACACAGAUUUUGUUGGAGAAGGAUUGUACAAAGGUAUUCCAAGCGCAGCUCCUGGGACCGAAUCAAGGAUCCGCUAUGAUGAAGGAAUCCGCAUGGGGAGCCUCGGCCUUUUCCUCCAGUGCGCAACAUCCACCUUCUUUUCCAUGAUCAUCAACAAGCUCGCCAGACAGUACGGGUCGCGGAAAGUCUAUUUGUUCAGCAUGAUCACAUUCACUUCCUCCGUCCUGGUUAUAUGCCUGUCACAGGAUAUCAUUAUAGUGACCAUCAUGUCAUCAUUGACUGGCUUCGCAUACGCUACCCUCCAAACGCUCCCAUACACGUUAAUAUGUCUCUAUCACAAAGAUAAAGAAGUGUUUAUGCCGAGACCAGCAGUGCCGUCCCACACAAACAAUGGGAAUACCCUCACCAAAGAAGCUGUAUGCUUUUCACCCAAUGGAGUGUACAGCCACCAAAACGGUACUUGUAAGCAGAAAGCAACGGGCCGCAGCACAGAGGAAAGUGUAUAUAUUGCAGAAGAGCCUUACAGCUAUGCACAUUCUCAGGACUACUAUAAAGACAACAAUAACCAGACUGCUAACUCCAUGAACGAGACUUGUACGGACAUUUACGCAAAGCGAGGGAUCGGCCUUGACUUUGCGACUCUGGACAGCACAUUCCUCCUCUCUCAGGUCUUUCCGUCCCUCUUCAUGGGGAUGAUAGUACAAUUAAUGGAGAAUGUCACAGUCUACAUCGCUUCGUCUGUCGUUUUCGGAGUUUUUGCCAUUUAUUUAGCAAACCGCAUUGUUUUUGACCAAAAAGACUUGAAGGUAUAAAGGACUGAAUGUUAACAAGGGAGAGGAGACGCUAAAAACUUUUGUUUACAGUGUUCACGUUUACAGUAACACAAGUUUUUCUGUCAUUUUCCUGUUGCCCGUGUAACUAGUAACCCAUUCUUCUUUAUUUUAUUUUCUUUAUUGUGAGGAUUUGGGUAAAGGUUAAAGGGAGCAAGGAUGAAGCGUGAUAGCAGAUAUAGACAAUUGUAUCUUGCUAAUGCUAUAGAUCAAUGUCCGUUAACCAUCUACAGAUGGGUGUGGUUCAUCAAAUCGACAGUAUCUAGGUCGACAAUGUUUAGGUCGACCACUAUAGGUC